GAAGCAUCUAACGCAAGCGCUGCCCCCCACACGUCAUCGACGCGACGUAAACUAAAGUAGUUAGUCCCCACUCACUCCUACACGACGUUCUUCAGCAGCUGCUCCCGCGCGACCUCCAUGGCUUGCGAUAUGGUCAUGUCCGUGAUGUCCUUGACGGAGCCGUCCGCGCCCUGCAUGAGCACGCGGUUCACGAUGGUUUUGGAGUCCACUUCCAGAAUAAUGCCAUCAUCCACAGUUUCGUCGACGGUGAGCAUUGCCACGUCCAGGUGCUCCAAAAUGUUGUUAGGAGGCCGUCGCGGUCGCGGUCGAGGCGUGCGCCGACGACACGAAGGGCCAGACGUGCUACAUCUGCACGCAGGCCCUCCACUGGAAAACGAAGGAGGGCCUCGUGCGCAUGUGCGCAUGCCGCGGGACGGCGGGUUUCGCGCAUGUUUCGUGUUUGGCGGAGCAAGCGAAGAUUUUGUUCGCGGAGGCAGAGGAUAACAAUUUGGGCGCCAAAGCGUUGCAGGCGAGGUGGGACCGGUGGGACAGGUGUAGCUUGUGCAAGCAACACUACCACCGCGCCGUGGCGUGCGCGCUCGGGUGGGCGUGCUGGAAGACGUACGUCGGGCGGCCGGAGACGAACGAGCCUCGGAUGAACGCGAUGAAGCGGCUUGGGAACGGUUUAUCCGACGGUUACCACCAUGCGGACGCGUUGUCCGUGCAAGAGGCCGAGUUGUCUCUGCUGCGGCGCCUUGGCGCACCAGCUGACGUAAUUCUGUUAGUGCAGAGCAAUCUUGCGAUAACUUAUACUGUACUCGGACAACAAGCUGAGGCCUUGCGGAUCGAACGAGACGUAUACUCUGGAACUAUAAAGCUCAAUGGCGAAAAUCACCAUGAUACCCUCCAAACAGCCAACAACUACGCUUCGUCCCUUAUGAAUCUAAAGCGCUUCGAAGAAGCCAGAUCUCUGUUGCGCGAAAAGGUGCCCGUGGCACGACGCGUCCUCGGCGAGAGUCACGAACUCACGCUGAAGAUGAGGUCCGUGUACGCGUGCACGCUUUACAAAGACAACGGCGCCACGCUCGACGAUAUCCACGAGGCCGUGACGACGCUCGAGGACGCGGAGCGGAUCGCGCGGCGCGUGAUGGGCGGCGCGAACCCGAUCACAUCAGUUCUCGAAACGCUCCUGCGACAAGCGCGAGCGCGAGCGGCGCUCCGCGCUCGCGAAGAAACGCCGUCGAGCGAAGCGUAAGACCAGUAUAG